UCAAAAGAGAGCCUGCUAUUUCCAACAUCAGCACUUCUUUGGAAGGAAAACGAAAAACCCUGCUUAAUCCCCAAACAAGUAUGGCCACUCUGUAACCAUUGAAACUGAAAAUUCAAGCUCCUCAAAAAUGGCUGCUUCACCCUCUCCAAUUCUCUCUCCGUUACACUACAACUGCAACACUAUCAAUGACAAGAAGAAAAAGCUCUUUUUAUUAGCAAAUCCUCUUGUCUUCAGCAUCUCAUCCAAACCCAUCAAGACAAAUGAAGGCUCCUUCAUGAUCCUCUUCUCUUACAAAUCAGGAAGUGGUUUGACAGCUAAAGACAAGAAAGUUUUGGUCGAAAGAUAUGGUUUUGAUCCCAAUGAGUACAUAUCUGAGCGAAAGACUAAAAGGGGAAAGGAAGUGCUAGGGAAAGGGAAAGGAAAGGAAGUAGUGACAGAGGAGGAAGCUAAGCCCCCAAGAACCACUCAUAAGUUGCUUCAGGUGCUUGGAGGAAAGGCUAAAAGAAAGAAGUUGCUCUCACCCAAAGGCAUGGAUGUGAGACCGAUGAUGGAAGUCGUAAAAGGUGCUGCCUUUGGUAUGCUGCAGGUGGCUGGUGGCUGCCCUGCCUCUUUACGACCUGGUCGCUGGUUAGACCUCUAUAGUGGUACAGGAUCUGUUGGAAUUGAAGCUAUCAGCCGUGGAUGUUCUGAGGUGCAUUUUGUUGAGAUGGAUCCUUGGGUUAUUUCAAAUGUUCUGCAACCAAACCUGGAAUGGACUAGGUUUCUUGAUGUCUCAGUUGUACAUCCUGUUCGUGUUGAAAAUUUCUUAGAACAAGCAGACCGAUUUGUAGGUAGUGAUGGCCCAUUUGAUUACAUCAGUGUAACACCUCCAUAUACCCAAGUUGAUUAUGGAACCCUAAUGGCUCAAAUUUCCAAGUCAGCUAUUAUUGGAGAAGACACUUUUAUUGUAGUGGAAUAUCCUUUGAGAACAAACAUGCUGGAUUCAUGUGGAUGCCUUGUAAAGAUAAAGGAUCGAAGAUUUGGUCGGACACAUUUAGCAAUAUAUGGACCCAAGUGGGCCCAGAAGAAAAAAAAGUCACAGAAUACCUUUCACAAUACAGCUCAGAAAUUUUAACUGCAGGUUUACUAUUUGAAGGUGGAUACUGUCUGAAUUAUCUCUAAGUUGCAAUCUUCAAUUGUCUUGACACCAGAUAUAUUGAGUGUACAUGGUAAUUUCUGUGUAAUCAAUGCCCUCGGUUGUCAAAUGCAGUUUAUUCAUUUGAAUUGUUUCUGUAUUAUUUUGCAUGUUUUAAAAGGGUUGUGUUUCCAAAUUGCAUAUCUAUCUCUUCUUUGGAAUCCAAUAUUUCUGUGCUGCUCAAUGGAUGUGAACCGAACGCCAUGGUUUGUCAAGCUGAUUUUGUCAAAAUUAUAAGAUCUAAAUUUUGUAGUGAAGUUCCUGACAAGGUGCUAUAGAUUGCUCAUUUUGAGAAGUUUUUCAACUUGAACAUUAAUUUUGGAAUCAACAUCCGAGCAUUUGGCUCAUUGGUUGAUGCAUGAUCCUCCUUCUCAAAAAAUAGGGUUCGAAUCCCCCUUUCACCAAUUAAAAAGAAAAACAUUAAUUUUGGAACCCCUUGCUCACCUUUUCUCUUGUAAUUAAGCUUUCAGAGUGCAACCUAUGUACUUCAAUUUGUCUCUCAUGCUAAUUAUGCCACUAUAGGCAUGAGGUUUCUGAAGUGCAUUUCCAGAUUCACCCUUGCCUUCAAUGUAAAGUGGAUCAUAUUUGUAAUCUUGCUCUUUGUUAUUAAUUUGAUGAGGCUUGUUUGUUUGACUGCUAGGAUCAUAUGUAUUUUGCACAUAGCCUUCUAGUCACCUUGUAAUUCCUGUUAGGGCUGGCAUGGUUCCUCAUUGGAGUUUUUCAUUAAAAAGCAGUUCCAAAGCAUCUCAACUAACACUACCUGCUGCACUUUGUCAAUGCUGUGGAGCUUGGUUAAAGCACAUUUUUUGAACCUAGAAUCUGUCGGUCUCUCCAGCAUAGAAUCAAGACUGGGGCCAUUGAGAUGCCCAUUCUAGCUCCCCUUCCUCACGUCAGAUGGAAGAUACAGUGUCCAAAAGCAUGGUUCCCAUAAAGAGAAGGGGUUUUUCUUUUAACAGGGGAAGGUGGUCCAAUUCAAUUGAUACUUUGAGUUUUAUAGGAGGAAGCUUGUCUCUUGUUUCUUUACUUUUUCUUUUUGUGAUUUUGUUUUUGUUUUAUCUUUUGUAAAGGAAGUUGAUUAUGGGAAGGCAAUACAUAAAGAGACUUGGCAAAAUAAUUGACAUUGGGACA